GAUGCGUUGCACUGGCAGCCCUUGUGCAGUAUUUCUUGAUGGCCGCCUUCUGCUGGAUGCUAAUCGAGGGAGUUUACCUCUACUUGUUUGUUGUGAAAGUUUAUAACGUUGGUAACAAGUUAAAAAUUUGUCAUGGAGUCUCAUGGGGCCUUCCUGCAUUCAUUGUUACCCUAUCCCUGAGUAUUGCAGCCGGAAAAGAUGGGAUCGAAAGUUUUGUGAGUGAUAAAUACUGCUGGAUGUCUCCGGCCAAUGGUCUGAUCUGGAUAUUCAUAGUGUUUGUUGUGCUUGUUGAAUUUUUCAACAUUGUGAUCCUCGGCCGGGUUAUCAAGGACAUGACGACCAUGCAACAAGAGAAAGACAAACACAGCGAACAAAUAAGACUUGGUGUAAAGGCAUGCGUAGUAAUGAUUCCUUUGCUGGGAAUCUCGUGGUUAUUUGGGUUAUUAUCACCAUUGCAUAAAGCUUUCGCUUACAUCUUCACGAUUCUCAACUCUACCCAGGGUUUCUUCAUCUUUCUUCUUCACUGCGUGAGGAACAGCGAGAUAACAGCUCGUUUGACACGAAGGACUCAGGCCAUACUCCCAGCAAUGGACGAUGGGACAAGCACGAAACGAACUUCCGUAGUUCCCUCGGACGUAAAUGAGGAUGCCACAGCCAUUGCCGCCUUGAGAAAAGUAAAUUUUGAGCCACUAAAGGACGGCGAAAAGACAAAAAAAGUCUCCAACAAAACCUCCAUGUAGCUGCAGAGUUUUAAUCUAUCCUAGCGUUGAUUGUAUAGAGGCUAACCCUUUUACAGGCAAACCUGAGAUUAUUAAGAUAAUUCUAGAUAGCUGGAAAGGACAACAUGAGAACUCGAUCAUGUGCUCCCUUAAUGAAUAAUUAGACGAAUUCUUAUUACGUGGAAACGAGGCAAAAGUUGAUAGUCUGAAGUGCUCUCACAUCACUUACAUUGUACAUCACAGCGAUAGUUGAAAGUGUAAUAUCGUAGUACGGCAUAGUCAAGAAAAAUAUCGCAGGUUUUGAAUCUUACUAUAGUUACUAAUAGCUAAUGAUACUAUAUUAUAUCUAAAUGGACCACUGACAGAAAAGCCGCGGGUAAAACAAUAGUAAGGAAAAAAAA